UUUGCCUAUGGAGGCUGAGAGAGACACCCCGCAAACAAAAUAUUUCAAAUUCUGAAAGCAGUCGGUCGGACUGAGUGAAGUGGAAUCGGAGCUGAAACACCCCAAGAGCGAUAAAGACUGUGGACCCGCACUGCGUUAAGAGGAUACCGGUGUAGUUUUGUCAAACACAUCAUAUUACGCGAUUUCUGAAGCUGAGCCUGCGAAGCCCUCUUCCCUUUUCACUUUUUGGAGCGCAGCGGGCAGCUUUUAAUUCAUGCUAUCGUUUUCAUCGGAGACAGGCGUGUGGUGUAUGUUGCCUAGCAAUUAUUAGUUAAAUUGUAUUUUGGAGAACUCAUCAUUAAGAAAAUAAAUAUUGGAGCACCGGACCAGUCUCACAUCGGAAAAGCAAUACUUGAGAGGACUGUUAUGAAGAGGGGUUGAGAAAGGACGAUGCAAAGGCUGUCAGCGUUUUGAAGUUCGCGAGACCCGACCUCAAUCUCUGACCGACUUUCAAUAGUCCACUGAAUUAAUUAUUGGAUACAUGGAGAUCAAGAGUUAUUUACAUGUAGGCUAUUAUUAAAACCACGCAAAACGCAGUACCCUGGAAAGUCCAUUCACUGGAAUAUAUAGCGUUGCAAUACAGAAAGAAAUAGACUACGGAACUACAUAGUACAACAAAUAUUUCCGAAGAGACGUUUGAAUUUCCUCUGAAAUGGACUGACACCGAUCAAACCAAACAUAUCUCGACAAGAUAAUGACCAGCAAUUUAGAGGCUUAUUGGGACUUCAGAGUUGAGAAAAUGCAUAACGAUAAGUAACUGACUGACAGUUGGUGUUUCAUGUGUGCAAGAUUCAUUCCAAAAGUAGUGUGAUAUCCUCUCUUGUGAUGAUUGAGUAUCCCUACUCUGAUACCGGAGGCAUCUCGUGGUAACACAGUAGCUGCGGCAAGGAAGGAGUGGAGUUUGGAGAUAUCAGCAAAUAAACGCACAGAAAAAAUGUGGCUGCGAAUUCUUCCGCAGGUGUUGACCAUCUGGGCUGUGGUGAUUUCCGGGACAACGGCUGACCUGACCUGUGAUACACUGCUACUGCUGUCCACCAAUCUCACUGCACGUACGUUGGCACUGUGGAAUCUGACCCUCACGCCCAGCAAUGUCACCACCGGCCUGUUCUGUAACAUGUCCAUCGAUCCCAUCGGUACCUGCUGGCCAAAGAGCACUGCAGGGGAGUGGGUGUCACGGCCAUGUCCAGAGAUGUUCUAUGGCGUCAAAUACAACACCACCAACAAUGUGUAUAGAGAAUGCCUUUCCAACGGGUCUUGGGCCGUGAAAGGCAACUACACCCAGUGUCAAGAGAUUCUCAAUGAGAAAAAGAGCAAGCUGCACUACCACAUAGCGGUGAUCAUAAACUACAUGGGACAUUGUAUCUCUCUGGCAGCCCUGCUGGUGGCCUUCAUCCUCUUUAUGAGGCUGAGGAGUAUCCGCUGCUUGAGGAACAUAAUCCACUGGAACCUGAUCACAGCUUUCAUCCUGAGGAACGCCACUUGGUUCGUCGUACAGCUCACCAUGAACCCUAAGGUGCACGAGAGCAAUGUGUUGUGGUGCCGGCUGGUCACGGCAGCCUAUAACUAUUUCCACGUAACAAACUUCUUCUGGAUGUUUGGGGAGGGCUGCUACCUGCAUACAGCCAUCGUGCUCACUUACUCCACGGACAAGCUACGCAAGUGGAUGUUCAUCUGCAUUGGGUGGUGUAUCCCUCUUCCAAUCAUCAUUGCAUGGGCCAUUGGCAAGCUUUACUACGACAACGAAAAGUGCUGGUUUGGGAAGAAGGCAGGAGUGUACACAGAUUACAUCUACCAGGGCCCAAUGAUCCUGGUGUUGCUGAUCAACUUUAUAUUCCUCUUCAACAUUGUGAGAAUCCUCAUGACCAAGCUGAGAGCCUCCACCACCUCAGAGACAAUACAGUACAGGAAAGCGGUGAAGGCCACUCUGGUGCUGUUGCCUCUCCUGGGCAUCACCUACAUGCUAUUUUUUGUCAACCCAGGAGGGGAGGAUGAGGUCGCCCAAAUAGUCUUCAUCUACUUCAACUCCAUUCUGGAGUCUUUUCAGGGCUUUUUCGUGUCAGUGUUUUACUGCUUCCUGAACAGCGAGGUGCGUUCUGCGGUUAGGAAGAGAUGGCACCGCUGGCAGGACAAGCAUUCAAUCAGGGCUCGAGUGGCGCGCGCCAUGUCCAUACCCACGUCGCCCACGAGGGUCAGCUUCCACAGCAUCAAGCAGUCAUCGGCUGUUUGAGGACCAACAAAACUCUGCUUUGGCUGAAAGCCCCCGUCUAAUCUCUCACCGCCAACCACCCCUCCAACAUGUCCACCACAGAGCACUUCUUUCCCCUCUUCUCUCCAAACCAACCGAGGGAAACAGCUACCGUGAUGGUUCACACAGGGUACACUUGGUCUGUAAACACAAACCUCACAGACCCCCUCCCAGGGAAUGGUGACCUCUGUAGUCUCUCGCCUGCUGAUAUAUUGAGGUACGUUCGCUCAGUGCGUUCUCUCUGAAAGCUACAGAGGCUGACAAUGGCCAAACAAAGUCAUGUCAGGAGCUGACUCUUUGCCAAAGGCAGCACAGGGAAUUGGAACAAUCCCUGUGGCGUUGGCAGAUUCAGUUGAGAGGUGACGUUUGAUGUCAGAUCAGUGUUUUUCACCUGUUCGUCAGUAAAUUCAGUGUUCUCUUACUGUUUUUAUUCUGCAAAAUCCAGAAGUUGGAGUCCAUAUGGAUGGAGUUGGAGUCCAUAAAAAUACUUUGAGAGUGGGAAGAAAAUGGUACUGGGGCAUGUGCUUGUAUCAGUGUCAAAUAUAUGAUCCCUGUUGGACUGACCUGUUCAAGAUCAUAGACAAAACCAUUUUAUUCUUGUUCCUGUGCAUGUUUUUAUUUUCUAUGGAAACAUUGUUGAUCUUUGAGUUGGCUAUGCUUGCUGGCGCUGCAUCGCAAAGUGAAUGACCUCCAUGGACUAUUCAUUUCAGGUCUGUCCAGACUACUGUCUCUAGUAAACAUUUUCCCUUUCCUUCCUUCUGGUUUUCUGAUGGAUUAUUAUCUUCAUAGAGACCAUGUUCCGAUGUGAAAUCUGUGACCUCUAUUGAAGACGGAUACCUUUCCCAUUAUCAACAACAACCAAGGCAUUGUGCAAGCGGAAAAAGUGAUGUGACAUUAUCCAACACUGUUACUAAUGUGAAUGAACUGUGAAAUUUGGUACGCGCUGUCAAAAUAAUUUUCUGUUGAGUGAGGUUGUAAAAGGUGUUAAUUUUCAACUGAAUAAGCACUUUUAUUUAUUCCAAAUUCCAAAAUUACCAGAACCGUAAUAAGACAACAUCCACUUUAGCAUAGCAUUGUUAAAAGCCAGAUUGGGAGAAAUGCCAAUUAUUAUUUAAAAAAUUGGGCUAGCUAUGUUAAGGUCUGAGAGGAACAUGGAUGUUUUGGUUGAUUCAUCUCUGCAACUUGCGUAACUUAUCUAUACCAAAUCCAGUGGGUACUGAUAAUACUUUGCUGAAAUUCUGCAAAUCCUUUUAUCUUGAGCCACCCAUUAUGAAGGACCAUAAAAAUCUGAUCCUCAUUCCAACUCAUUCCAGAACAUAAAACCAUUUAUCAGAUAUUGUCAUGCACAACUUUAUUUUUGAAUUACACAUUAAUAAGUCAAAGUAACUAGGAAAAGAUGAACACAAGGUCUGGAAGAUGAUUGAGUGAAUGCUGACUUCUUGUGGUUUGUUCUGACAAAGGGGAAUAGAGUGAUGCAUAUUCAGAUAGACAUUGUCUAGACAGGAGCAGUCUCAAAUGUAUUGCAAUAGGAUUCACAUCUCUCUCUCUGAAAAAUAUUGUGGGAGCCCUCCCAAAAAGCUUGAAGCUUCAAUCUCAGAAAACCAGUUGGCUUCCACACACAAAACAGGAUGAAACCAAUUAAGACCAAAGUGUUACUGGGUGUUGUGAGAUCGAUCGAUCAAAUUAUGUCCUUGCCUCUCAUAUAUAUAUAUAUAUAUAUAUAUAUAUAUAGAGAGAGAUCUCUCUCUCUCUCUCUAUCUAUCUAUCUAUCUAUCUAUCUAUCUAUCUAUCUAUCUAUCUAUCUAUCUAUCUAUCUAUCUAUCUAUCUAUCUAUCUAUCUAUAUGAGAGGCAAGGACAUAAUUUGACUUAAAAUGUUCCCCCGGCAUAGCCGCGGGAUGUAGGUGUGCUGCAGCACCCCCAAUAUAUCUACAUUUUUUUAAAAUAUAACAAGAACAGUGAAAGCACCCCCACCCCAAAACAUCUUCCUGCGGCCAUGCCCCCAGGCCAUAGUGCACAAACAGGGACAGAAAAGGUGAUUGUUAAUUCGCAGAUUGUCGGUCUUGUUGGUUGUGUUCGUUGCUUUUAUGUUUUUCUUUAGGGUUUGAAAGGCAUAGUGCUGUUUUUCAUGUAUUUGUUCAUACAGACAUUUGUGCUUAUUUGGAACACAACUAUAUACAGUAUUUUCAAUGUCAUGUCAACCCCAAAAUUCUAUGUGAUGUUUAUUCAACAUGGAAAACUGAUUGGAUUUGCAAAAAGGGAUUUAUGUAUUUUUUUCACCCAACUUUUAACCUAAAUCCAAUGAUAGGGUGACAUUUUUGGUUGAUUUCACGUUGAAUUCACGUUAGUUGACAACUCAACAAAGUUAAAAUGAAAACUAGAUAUUGAACUGACGUCAAUACAGUGGGUAUUCAGUUGAAAUGCAUCCUGAAGUGCUAACUGAUAUUAAAAACACCUAAAGAAACAAACUAUUUGACAAACAUCAUGCUGACAACUCAUCGAAAUGCAAAAUGACGCGCCGUCACAAGAUGCUGUGAUUAUUUUGCAAAGUCAUAAACAAAGCCAACCCUCCAUUGCCAGAUAUGUCUAUAGACAACAAAAAUUGGUUGAUCUGAAUCCUUUAUUUCCUCCCGGACCCUUUUGAUCAUUGGCAUAAAGCAGUCAGAAUAAAAUAUGUGAUUUCGAUGGCAAUGUUUACAGAUCGCUUUCAGUCAUAGUUACAAAACGUAUUGUCAGACAGAUGUAUCCUAAUCGCUGAAACACAUUAUCACAAGAAUCACAGAUGCGACUUCAUCUAUGUCUGCCUGUCACCUGUGGGCUCUGCUUUGUUACACAGUCAGGGAUGCUACAGCCCUCUAACACACCAUGUAUUCCUAAACAGCCAGGAUACAUAAAGUUAUUACAUUCAUUAGAUUGGAGGUUAGUCUGGAAUGGAAUUGCCAAUGUAUGAUAGUGCUAUGCCUUCCAAUUCCAGGUAUCUGCCUCUGUCAUGAAAAUAUGUUACCUCAUACCAAAAUUAUUUACCCUGGAAUUCCAAAGCCAGUUGGUUCUCGGUUAUAAUGUUACAAGGACCCUGUUCUACAUCACUGUUACCAGAUUUUCGGGACUUGUAUUCCAAACACAAUGUAAUUCUAUUCUGAACACAUAUUCCAGUUAUCAUAACCAGACGCUAUUGAAAACCUUUUCAAUCAAAUGCAGUAUUUCAGUAUUUUGUAGCAAAUUGACUUUUUGGCAAUUUUCCUUCCUUUCCCAGGAAAAAAGAAUAUUUUCAUUAUUAUUAUCAUUCUAUAUGCAGUAUAUGUCUCUCAAAGUGUGUCGUAGUCAGCAUACUUCUCUAAUAUAGUAAUUACAUUGAAAAUGGCUCUCAUUAUCCUGUAUACAGUACACAGACAGCUUCAUAAUGAAUUCCAGUUAUUUGCACAAAUGCUAUUAGUGUAGUCAGCUGUCAUACCACUGACUGUCAGCAACAUCAGUGUGAUCAAAUGUUCUCUUGUUUUUCUUUGCCAUUCCCAAAAUAGUUUGUGGUCACAAACAUCCUCCAAAGACACAAGCGCAGCUAUCUAGUCAAUAGGCUGUUCUUAUUUCUUGCCCUAUUUCUUCAUUUCAAUAAGAAAUGCUGCUGCCCUUUCUCUUUUUUGAUUGUUUGAUUUGUUUCCUUAAUUGUGCAGAGGGGUCUUGUCAGAUUGCUCUCGAUGCAGUUAUAGUUACUAUAACAACGAUGUAAGUAAGUGUUCUUUCUCGGGUAUCUACGUUGUGUUUGUCUUUUGUGAAGGUCUAAGAAGCGAAAACAUUUGUAUUUAUUUAAAUGUCUAAGGCACACAGAAUUGUAUAUUUAUCACAUUAUUUAAAGGGUACAGCUUUUGUUGAAAGACACAGGCCAACAUUACCUAUAAUGUAGAUUGAUAAAUACAUAUAAUUAUGUCCACAAUGUGUCUACUAAAGAUUUUGCAAUGAUGAAAGGUGCGAUACGUAGGUUGAUGUCAUUUUUUCACUUUUGUUGUUAUGUUUGAUAAUGUUGCAAUUCAAUAUUCUUUCCUCUUUCAAUGUCCAAGAAGGAAAAAUUAUAUUUAUUAUGUUUAUGAAUCUACUUGUUCAAUGUUGGAAAACGUUGAGGAAUUGUACAGUUUGUAAAAAAAAUAUAUAUAUAGCAAUCUAAUAAGAAAAAUGUGGAGAGAGUUCAAGGUAUAUGGAACAGUGCUACUACAUAAAUUGUGCAUUAAAAUGUAUUUUUUUUUUAACAAACCCCAAAAAUAUGUCCAUUCCUCUCUUCCAUAUAACAUAACUUCUCACUGAAAUCGUUGUGCAAUAACAUUUUACAUAAUAUUACAUUUUCGACUUCAGAAAAGAUGCAGCAGGUUAUUCUGAGUGACAAUGAAUGAGUGAUACCAUACAGUGUAAUGUCAUUCAAUACAAUAUAAUUGACACGGGAGAGACGUUUCACAGAUGCUUGUAGUGGCUUACAGUGCCUUCAGAAAGUAUUCACACCCCUUUACUUUUUCCACCUUUUGUUGUGUUACAAGGUGAGAUUAAAAUGUAUUUUUUUGUCAUCAAUCUACGCAGAAUACUCUGUAAUUUCAAAGUGGAAGACAAAUUCUAACAUUUGUAAAAAAUAAAAAUA